AUGAAGUACAUUUUUAUUUUUGUCCUCUUUACUGGUGCAUUUUCCUUUGACUAUACAGAUGAGCAGAAUGAUGAUCCUGCACCCUACCUUGUAUAUAUCAAAAACCAAUAUAGUCCCUGUGUAGGUGUUCUGAUCCAUCAACAAUGGGUCCUGGCAGCUGCUCACUGCUACUUACCAAGCCUCAAAGUGAAAUUGGGAAAUUUCAAGAAAAGAGUUAGAGACGGGACAGAGCAGACCAUUAAAUCUGUCCAAAUCAUUCGUUAUUGGAAUUUAACCACAGAUUCUUCCAGUCACAACCUUAUGCUCAUCAAGCUAUCCAAACCUGCAGUUCUCAAUGAGAAGGUUCAGCCCAUGGGCCUGCCAACUAAAAGUGUUCCAGCAGGCACAAAGUGCAUUAUUUCUGGCUUAGACUGGAGCAUAAAAAAUAAUGGCAAGCAUCCUGACCUUCGGCAAACCUUUACAGCCCCUCUUCUAUCAGACAAAGAGUGCCAGCAAACCAAACAAGGAAAAGGCAGCAAGAACAGGAUAUGUGUGAAAUUCUUAAAGUCAUUCAACAGAAUUUUUGUGGAAGCUGUUCUGGCUGCUGUCAUUUGUAAAGAUAAGAUUCAAGGGAUAGAGGUUGGGAAUUUUCUGGUAGGUGACAUUGGUGUCUACACCAACAUCUUCAACUAUAUCCCUUGGAUCCAGAAAAUUAUGUCUACCAGAUGA